GUACUGAUAGGCAAAGAGCAUCCAAGAUUGCAGAGAAGCUUGCCUGCAAGGAUGCUGUGGUCAUUCACUUUGCUUUUUCUGCUGCCUCCUGUUGUGUGCAAAGCAGCUAUGAGGUGCCCUGAGACUGAUACAUUUCCUGUUCCACAUGAAUGGUACCAGUCAGGUGGCCUCAUCAUUGGUGGGAUAGCUUCUCAGUUCUAUUAUUCCAUCAUUGAAGAACGCUUCAUUGAAAAUCCUUCACAGAAUCUGUUUGAUAAUAAUCCACA